AUGAAGGAACUUCUGGGGGCCAUUGCUGACAGUGCGAAGGAUUUUCGCGCGUGGGGCGCAGGCCAGAAUGUGCUUUUGCGACCAGUACUUCUCAACAGGGGUGACAUUGCGUCGGAGACUUGGUGCGACGCAAGGAUCGCCGCGCAUGCUGCGGCUGGAAAGGGUGAAGCUGAUGAAGGUGCGCUGAGUGAGGUGCGGAUCGGGGCGCUCUGCUCAGGAGUAUCUCGGUCCGAGCGGAGCGGCUCCGCCGGGGAUCGCCAUCAAUGUGCGCGGGCUAAGCGGUCUUCGCACCGCGGAGGCGGGACGGCGCUGGGACGGUGUGGUGAAGGGAUGCUGAGGAUCGGGUAUUUUUCGUUUUGGCUGGACAACUGCUUCUCUGACUGCCGAAGUUUGUCGCCUGGAACGCGAAACGACGAAAGUGGCUUCUCGCGUCGGUUGAUCUUCGCGUCCGGCUGCAAGGCAGUUGUUCGUGAUGGCUGUUGGGAUGCCUACCAGCGAAUCGCGAUGGAGUCGCUGGCGACGAAAACUCUCAAGCGCCCGCCGGGGACAGUUGGUGGUGUUGGUGCGGAUGCAGCCUUGGCGAUAAGAAAAUCACCCUGGGCUGCUUAA